AUGAAUGAAUCAUCACCACCGACCAUGUACAACACAAUUGCCUUCAUCAACAACAUGGAAGAGGAACCAAGCAGAGUGAGUAACUGUUGUUGUAGCUCUUACACGAAGAAGCUUUCAUCAACGACAUCAAACCCACUGCUACUACUAACCACAACAUGUUCCUCCUCCACGGCCCGAAAAGAAGAAGAACAAGACUUUGAUUUCCUUUUUUACCGCCAUGAUCACUUAUCCACCCGAGAAUCCAUGGUGGUUGACUUUACCACGAGACGAACCAUACCUUCCUCACGGUUUCAUCGUUCCUACAUGUCGUCAUCAUCAUCAAUAACUACCAUGGUUUCUUUAUUCAUACUCCUAGCUCUAUUUAUUUUGAACAUCACUAAUCUCUAUGUAUUAACCACUACUCGUUACCACUCCCAUUUUCAACCACAAGGGCUUCAUCAUCAUCAUUAUAAUAACGACUACCACCAUUGGACCACAUCGGAGCAUGCUUUAUUACAACGACAAAGACUACAUGAUGAGAGCAUGUUCGUCGUACUCGCUCAAGAAUCAUCAUCAUCAUCAUCACCACCACCACCCUCAACAUCUCCUUCGUCGUGCAUCUUGUCCCAAGAGCAAGCCUUUCUAUUCACCCAACUCCACGAUUUUAAAUUCACGCCCAAUCUAUAUGGAACCUGGCGAUUGAAAUACUCUAAUGUUUCCAGUACAACCUCUUUGUCGGCAUCAUCUCAUCUCGUACCAUGUCCUGAUCUCUUUGAAAUUACAACCAUUUCAGUGAGUGCUACCAUUGAUCGAAUGACCUACUUUGCAGUUUCUAUGGAUAUUAUACAUAAUAAGACUGAAUUUGAGAGUGAUUUGUGGGGAGUGGCCUAUCAACCUCGAUUCCGUAACAUCUUCUUUGAAUUGCAUGCUUCCACCAAUCUCACUCGAACCCAUUCUGGAAGUUAUUUAGUGGAAAUGAAAGAUCAAUAUUUGGUCUCAAAUGAAACACGUGAAGAUGGUUCCUAUGCAAGUCUAGUGUCAGGCUCACAAGUGUUCAUGACACCACUCUUCAUGAGAAAGAUGUUUUAUGGAUUUGAAUAUACUAUUGAACUGAAAUUACAAGAUUUAUUCAACAUGUUAAAAAGUGAACAAGACAAUAUUCCUCCUCCAUCCAUACAGACCUUUCUGACCUCUCUAAGUUUUUCCAAUUCUUCCAACAAUUCUUCUUCAUCCAUGAACAUGACCAAUUCAGAAUCUAUUUUCAAGUUGAAAAUGUUGGUCUCUAAAUUUGAUUUACCUUUUACCUUUCCUCUCAUUAUCAAACAACCUUUGGGAACAAAUUCAAUACUUUUAUGUGCUGAGAUUUCUUUGAAAACACUUGGUCAAACGGAAUUAUCAGAUUUGAAUUUUCAAAAAAGUCUCAUUCAGGUACAUCAUGCCAUCUCAACCAUCAUUGUGGUGAUCAAUGCAACGUUGAGCAUCAUUGUAUUGAGUUUAUUAGUAAUUCUUAGAAAAUCAAAACCUAGAGAAUCUCGUGGAUAUUUACCUUAUGUGAUAUUUAUUCAAAUUUUUGUCAAUUUUGUGAGAUUGUUGUUACAGACGUAUUGGGGUGAUGAAUUUCUACUUCUCGUCUUUGUAUUUUCUACAAUGAUUUUACUUUGCUUCAGUUAUCUCAUGUAUUUCUUAAAUACCUUGGUAGUUUUUUAUAAGAGAAAAGUAUACAACGAUUGGUAUAAAAAGAUGAAGAGAGAAUCUUUGGAUAAGCAGAAAAAACAGAAAACUAAUGCAUCUGUAAAUCAAAACACAAUUGCCAUUGUUGUCACAAGCCAUGGAGAUGCAACUCCUACUCUUCCCUCAGCUGGUAAUCAUUUUUUAACUCCCUUGACACAUGAGAAUGCAGAUUCCAGUAACAAAUCUCUAGAGAGUUCACUUCAUCCAACUAGUUCCUCAUCUGCCAUUACUUUACAUUCCAAUUCAUCAGGAGAAUUGUUAUUACAACCAUCACAAACACCACAAACACCUCAACCACAGCAGCAUUUACUACCUCAGAAUUCUGUUAGCGACAUUGACAUGACUGCCACAACUGCAGGAGUUGCAGAACCAUUAACACUACCACCACAAUCACAGCAAUCUGUAUCCCAACAAAAAGAUUCAACACUUGAGAAUACCAUUGCAAACCAUCUUUCAGAAAAUGGUCUAGAUGUUAGUAGUGGAAGUAUGAGUAUUCUUCAUGAAGAUGUACUUUCCAAAACAGAACUAGGUUCCAUAUGGUGGGUAAAAUCUCGUCGUGUGAAAAUUUGCAGUACCAUCUUUGUGGCUUUCCUUGUUUCACUUUCUCUUGUGGCCAUCCUUCCAGUGUUCUUGCUCACUGGCGAAUCAGUACUUCAAACCACCGUGUUAAGUGUUCUUGGAUUUUAUUUUUUAGUAGCUUCUGCAAUGGCUAUUGGAGCUCUCUCUUUUGAUAUGGCAUGGAAUUGGAAAAGAAUUAUCAAGAGGUGUGAGUGGAAGAAAUACUUUUUUAGAAAUGAUCCAUUGUACUAUCGUUUAGAGCUGGUUAUUCACUUCUUCUCGAUUUUUCAGUUUAUUGCCAGUGUUGCAGUGCUAUUCAUUGUUAGAGAUCGUGUGGAUAACAUUUCACUCCUCAAUAACAAGACCUAUUCAAGUACUUUACCUACUGCCACAUUUGCUUCUCUUCCAAUAGAAUUCACUGCUGUAGUUUUUGAAAUUUUAGCCUCUGGAGGUGGAUUUAUUUGUAUCAUGACUCUGUAUGAAAAGUACAAAAUGUUGUUUGAGAGUGAACAAGAUGACUAUUCACAUGAUACUCAUUCAAAGGCAGAUCAGAAUGAACAUCAAGAAGAGCCUCCAAAUGCACAAGUAGAAAUACCAACCAUUGAUAAGAAGCCAUCGAAUGUGAAAUUUAGAACGAACAUUUUUUCUCCACUUCUUGAAUUACUUGGUGAUGAUCUUGGCAAAUUAUUCGUCGAUGAAAAAGGUUUUGAAUUAUUGAGACUAUUCUCUAGAAGUGAAUUUUCUAUGGAGAAUCUUGCUUUCAUUAACGACAUGGAAAAGAUUUAUACUUUACUGUUUUGUGAUAUUAACGAAUCAAGAAAGCUGAGUGGUAGUGGAGCAGCAUCUCCCACCAGUAGCAGCUUGAGUAAGAGUUAUAAACCAACUCUCAGACAAAAUCUCUCCCGUGAUACGAUUGAAAAAGCAAAGCAGACAGUUUGUGAAGAUUUUUACAAUCUGUAUGUGAGUGAAAAUGCCAAACUUUCAGUGAACUUUUCCAAUCAAUCCAAAAUGAUUUUUAACAAGUGGAAACAAAAUGGAUGGAAUGAUGAAUAUAUCAAAUCCGAUGAAUUUCCAAAUGAUUUGGAUUACAUUACAUUGGAUGUUGUAAAAAAUGUUCGAGAUACCUUUCGAAGAUUUCAAUUGACUCAAUCAUACAAGGAAUGGAAGAUACAAUCUCGCAAGAACAUUCAAGUUCUUAAAAGUGCGUUGAGACAAGCAAAGAAAAGCCCAGUGACCAUUCAUCUCAAUAAUGGAAAUGGUGCAACAGUGUUGUUGGCAGAAACAAUCAUUUCACCAUCUCCUCCUGCUGCUACAAGCACAUCUCCAACUGCGAACAAUGCAAGCACGACGAUAGAUGUCAACACUGUUAAGCUGGAAUGA